UUUUAAUUAUAUUUACAAAUUAUGUUCCCGUUUAACAUAAUUUUAGUUCGUGAAAUGGCGUUACAGAUUUCCUGUUUUCAGGAACCUAAGUACUGGUGAAGGAACAGUUUGUAACUUGCAACCUGCAAGUCUGUACUCAGGGCAAAAGCGUUUCUUUUUAUAUACAUAUAUUGACCGCAGUUCCAGGAGCCGGAGGUAAUAUUAGRAAGCAACGUGCUCAGACCGGUACAGCCAUGGCUUCUGAUGAACCUAAAGCAAAGAAACUUAAACUUUCAGAAGAGGAGAAGACAGAGUCUCCGACCAAAGAGACUCCUUCUGUCAAACUAAGCCCUAAUUCGCUCUUUGGAAUGGGAAAUCCCUUAUUGGACAUCUCAGCUGUAGUGGAUAAAGACUUCUUGGACAAGUUCUCUCUGAAGCCCAACGAUCAGAUCCUGGCUGAGGACAAGCACAAAGCACUGUUUGACGAACUUGUAAAGAAGUUCAAAGUUGAGUAUCACGCUGGAGGAGCCACGCAGAACUCUGUAAAGAUUGCUCAGUGGAUGAUCCAAGAACCUCACAACGUGGGAACGUUCUUCGGCUGCAUCGGCAAAGAUAAGUUUGGAGAGAUCCUGAAGCAGAAGGCCCAAGAGGCCCACGUCGACGCCCAUUACUACGAACAAGAUGAAGAACCCACAGGAACGUGUGCUGCAUGCAUCACUGGAGACAACAGGUCUUUGGUAGCGAAUCUAGCUGCUGCUAACUGUUAUAAGAAGGAGAAGCAUUUAGACCUGGAGGAAAAUUGGAAGUUGGUGGAAAAAGCUAAAGUUUACUAUAUUGCUGGUUUCUUCCUGACCGUCUCUUUGGAGUCCAUCUUGAAAGUGGCAAAGCACGCUUCUGAAAAUAACAAAUUAUUUUGCAUGAACCUCUCCGCUCCAUUUAUCUGCCAGUUCUUCAAGGACAACCAGAUGAAGGUUAUGCCCUACAUCGAUGUCCUCUUCGGCAAUGAGACAGAAGCUACUGCUUUUGCUAAAGAGCAGGACUUUGAGACAAAGGACAUUAAAGAAAUUGCGAAAAAAGCCCAAGCUUUACCCAAAGUCAACAAAAAGAGACAAAGGAUCGUCGUUUUUACCCAAGGAAAGGAUGAAACCAUCAUGGCUUUCAGUGACAAGAUUGAGGUUUUCCCAGUUUUGAAGAUUGAUCCAAAGGACAUCGUUGACACAAACGGUGCGGGGGACGCCUUUGUCGGAGGCUUUCUGUUUGGGCUGGUCCAGGAGAAACCUCUGGAUCAGUGCGUGAGGGCAGCUCACUACUCGGCCAACAUCAUCAUCCAACGGGCUGGUUGCACCUUCCCAGAAAAACCCGACUUUAAGUGAGGAUUUCAGAGCCGUCGUCCUCAGUCUGAAACCUGAAACUCAAACAGCCUCCACACUUCUGACCCAGAUUUUAUUCUUUUAUUUUAAUUAGCCCACCCAUCCCUACUAGUUUCUAAAAGCAURUGUACAUCCUGACUUAGCAGUUGGUGAUUUGUUUAUCCUCAAGGGGUCACUAGAGGAUCAUCUAACUUUUUGCAAAAAAAAAAAAA